UGUGGGCGGGAGCGGGGCCGGCUAUAAAGUGGGCGCCGCGAGCCGGCCGCCCGACAGUCCGACAUGAAGCUCCACCGCACCGCCGCGCUGGUCGUGCUGCUCGCCGUCCUGGUCGCGGCCGCCGGGGAGAAGCUCGUCUUCUCCGACGAGUUCUCCACCCUGGACCACCACAAGUGGGGCCACAUGGUGUCGGCCUGGAGGGGUGGCAACAACGAGUUCCAGUACUACCGCAACAGCAGGAACAACAGCUACGUACGCGAUGGCAUUCUGUACCUCAAGCCCACCCUCACUGCAGAUGAAUUCGGAGAGGACCUCGUGAAGAAUGGCAUGCUGUCGUAUCCCGACUGCAACAAGGAACCCUGCAUCUCACAGGCCAGCGCCGAUGAGAUCGUGCUGCCCGUGCAGUCGGCGCGCAUCUCGACGUGGGGGAAGUUCAGCUUCAGGUACGGGCGCCUGGAAGUGCGCGCCCGCCUGCCCAGAUGAUACAGUCCGUUUCCAGCCAUCUGGCUGUUGCCGCAGGUUGAGAAGUACGGCGACUGUCCCCGCAGCGGCGAGAUCGACCUGAUGGAGAGCAGGGGCAACGCCAAGCUCACCGACGGCCGGGGCAAGC